AUGCUGAAGCAUAAGCUCUCUGUGGACAUGACCUGUGAAGGUUGCACUAAUGCAGUGAGGAGGGUGCUCAAAAAACUGGGAGGAGUUCAGUUUGACAUUGACCUGCCUGAAAACAAGGUUUGCAUCAACUCUGAGCACAGCAUGGACACUCUGCUAGAAACCCCGGGGAAAUAG